AUGCCUUCUACUGCAUUGAUUUAUAAAGAUGUUUUCUCGCGUUUGGCUAAACGUGAAACAUCUUAUACUUGUUUGCCAUAUGAUCAUAAUUGGGAGGUAGCCAAAGAUAUUUGUGGGAGGUUGGAGUUGUUUCAUAGUGUGGCUGAGUUUUUCUCUGGUCGUAAGUACCCCACAACUAAUAUGUAUUUUUCUUUGGUGUGUGAGUUGAAAAUUGCAUUAAAUGAAUGGAGUUUGUCUUCAAGUGAGAUGAUAAGUACGAUGGCCGAAAGCAUGCUUGCUAAAUUUAAUUCUUAUUGGGCUAAUGUUAGUGUUGUUAUGGUUGUUGCUGUUAUCUUAGAUCCAAGAUAUAAGAUGAAGUUAUUGGAGUUUUAUUAUCCUAACAUUUAUGGUGUUAAUUCUGAUUUGGAGAUUGAAAAAAUUAAGAAUCUUUGUUAUGAUUUGCUUGAUGAGUAUGGAGAUGUAGAUGAGUCUCCUGUAGAUAAUGAAGGAAGUUCUCAUCUGCCUGCAAGUUCUUCAAAUCAAGUGGCACAAAUAAAAUUUAGGUUGAUUGGGUCAACGUCAAGGUUUGAUGGGUUUGUGAACAAUAGUUCAAGUAGUUCAAAGAAACAUGGGAGUGGUAGAAUGGAAUUUGAUCAUUUCAUUGAUGGGGGAGUGUUGAAGAGGAGUGAAGACUUCAAUAUUUUGGCAUGGCGGAAAAGUAAUGGUUUCAAGUAUCCUACUUUACAAAGGAUUGCAAGAGAUAUUUUAGCCAUUCCCGUCACAACUGUUGCUUUAGAAGCUGCCUUUAGCACUAGUGGGAGACUUUUAAGUCCACACUGCAGUAAGCUACAUCUUAAGACUAUUGAGGCAAUAAUGUGUGCUCAGAAUUGGUUAUGGAGUGAAAUCAACAGUUCUUCAACUGUAUGUGGAGAUAGUACAUUUCAAUCCAUUCUUGAUGAUGGGGAGCCAAAUGAAGAUGAUGAGAGUUGUGCCACAAUUGAUGGGAGUUGUAUCACAAUUGAUGAAGAUUAA